CGUGGGUCCCUCCUCCAUUGGGAGUGGUGGCGGCAGCAUCCCGCGGGGGGUACCCCCUGGCCCUCGUCAUGCCGUCCAACGCCCGGGCCGGCAGCCUGAAGGACCCUGAGGUAGCCGAGCUUUUCUUCAAGGAUGACCCGGAAAAACUAUUUGCCGACCUGCGGGAGAUCGGGCAUGGCAGCUUUGGCGCAGUCUAUUUUGCCCGUGACAUCCGUAAUAAUGAGGUCGUCGCCAUUAAGAAGAUGUCUUAUAGUGGCAAGCAGUCUAAUGAGAAAUGGCAGGACAUCAUAAAAGAAGUAAAAUUUCUCCAAAAGCUGCGGCAUCCCAACACUAUUGAAUAUAAAGGAUGUUACCUGCGGGAGCACACAGCCUGGCUGGUGAUGGAGUACUGCCUGGGAUCCGCUUCCGACCUCCUGGAGGUACAUAAGAAACCACUCCAGGAGGUGGAGAUUGCUGCUAUUACCCAUGGUGCACUCCAGGGCCUGGCCUACCUCCAUACACACAACAUGAUCCAUAGAGAUGUGAAGGCUGGAAACAUCCUCCUGACAGAGCCGGGGUUGGUGAAGUUGGGUGAUUUCGGCUCUGCUUCCAUAGUGGCUCCUGCUAAUUCCUUUGUGGGAACUCCAUACUGGAUGGCUCCGGAGGUGAUUCUGGCCAUGGAUGAGGGGCAGUAUGAUGGGAAGGUGGACGUGUGGUCCCUCGGGAUCACCAGCAUUGAGCUAGCUGAGAGGAAGCCCCCGCUGUUCAAUAUGAAUGCUAUGAGUGCCUUAUAUCACAUAGCUCAGAACGAAUCCCCCAUCCUGCAGUCCAACCACUGGUCUGAAUAUUUCCGGAAUUUCGUGGAUUCGUGUCUCCAGAAGAUUCCUCAAGAUAGACCGAGCUCAGACAUUCUGCUUAAGCACCGCUUCUUGCAAAGGGAAAGGCCACAGACUGUCAUCAUGGAACUGAUCCAGCGCACAAAGGACGCCGUGAGGGAGCUCGAUAACCUGCAGUACCGCAAGAUGAAGAAGAUCCUCUUCCAGGACACCCAGAACGGUCCGAACACUGAGACCACCGAGGAGGAGGAGGAGUCGGAGCAGUUUCUUCACUGCACGGGCACAAUAACCAGCAUGGAGAGCAGCCAGUCGGUGCCCAGCAUGUCCAUCAGCGCCAGCAGUCAGAGCAGCUCGGUGAACAGCCUGGCUGAUGCCUCCGAUGACAGCGGAGAGAUGGCCAUGAUGCAGGAGGGAGAGCACACGGUGACCUCUAACAGCUCCGUCAUACACCGGCUGCCGACUCACGACAAUAUCUACGAUGAUCCGUACCAGCCAGAGAUGGAGGCUCAGCAGUCAACCUCGGCCGCUCGGAGAAGAGCAUACUGCCGCAACAGGGACCACUUCGCCACUAUCCGCACGGCCUCCCUGGUGACACGGCAGAUCCAGGAGCAUGAGCAGGACUCAGCGUUACGGGAACAGAUGUCUGGCUACAAGCGGAUGCGGCGACAGCACCAGAAGCAGCUCAUGGCUCUGGAGAACAAGCUGAAAUCGGAGCUGGAUGAGCACCAGCAACGGCUGGACAAGGAGCUGGAGGCUCACCGGAGCAACUUUUCUGCCGAGACGGACAAGCUGUCCAAGAAACACCAGGCCAUCUUUGAGAAGGAGGCUAAGGGCGCAAUGACAGAAGAGAAGAAGUUUCAGCAGCAUAUCUUGGGCCAGCAGAAGAAGGAGCUGACUAACUUGCUAGAGAGCCAGAAGCGACAGUACAAGAUCCGCAAGGAGCAGCUGAAGGAGGAGCUGCAAGAAAACCAGAGCACCCCAAAGCGGGAGAAGCAGGAGUGGCUGCUCCGCCAGAAAGAGAGCAUGCAGCAUUACCAGGCUGAAGAAGAGGCCAAUCUGUUACGCCGGCAGCGCCAGUACUUCGAGCUCCAGUGUCGGCAGUACAAGCGUAAGAUGCUUCUGGCACGGCACAAUCUGGAUCAGGACCUUCUGAGAGAGGAGCUGAACAAGAAGCAAACCCAGCGGGACCUGGAGUGCGCCAUGCUUCUGCGGCAGCACGAGUGCACUCAGGAGCUGGAGUUUCGACACCUACAGAUGCUGCAGCAUACCCGCAGCGAGCUCAUCCGCCUGCAGCAUCAGACAGAACUUGGCAACCAGCUGGAAUACAACAAGCGCCGAGAGCAGGAACUACGGCAGAAACACGCCGCUGAAGUCCGGCAGCAGCCCAAGAGCCUCAAAGUAAGGCCUGGGGAGGAGGAGGAGGAGGGGGUAGAGGGAGGCACCUUCAGCCUCUGCAGCUCUGAGGAUGAGGAGGAGGAGGAAGCGGCAGAUGUAGAUGUAGCUGUGGAGCGCAGUGAGGCUGAUGGCUGCCCAGACCAGGAUGCUCCUUACUUUGAGCUAUCUUCUGCAUGGGUGCCAGAGCCGGAGGUUCCUGUGCGUCCUGCGCCUUCUCAGGGUACCUCCUCGCUGCCAAGUCAUGCCAUCUGUGGAGCACUGACUCUGCUGGCAGCCUCCAGGCCUUUCUGUCCUUGGUCACUGCUUCCCCUGCUGCUGGCGCUCCUCACCUUGUGGAGAUCAGGGCCACUUCUAGAUUCUGCACUCGUGGCCCUAGAGACCCUGGGAGCCAGUCUCCUGUGCGGUUACAUUCUGCUGUGCUGGGUCUUCUCUCUGAGCUCUGCCACCUUCAUGUUGCUGGCACAGAGCUGGGGGGCUCUGGCCGCGCUUGCUAUGAGUUACAGACUUCGGCUGUAUUAUGUGCCCGUUCUGGCGAUAGCUGUGGGGGUUUUCACGUCACCCGGUAUUUUCCUUUCCGUUUUCCUGGCCGCCGGCUCCUUGGGCAGGCCAGCUGGCCAGUGGCUUACAGGAUGGCCAAAAAGGUUUCGCAAGCUGUGGCUCAAGGCGUUACUGCGGCUGCCCCGGCCUCUGUUCAGGGUUCUUCAGCGCUGUGGGGCUGCGGGCGAGGGCGAGCUGUUCUACCUCUUCCCAAAAACCUAUAAAGGCUGCUACCGGAGCCGGAUGCCUGUGCUCGCUAGCCGCUCCUCUGCAAGGAGCAAGCCUUCAUGGUGGCAGAGGCUCAUGCGGGCCCCCUCCCACGUAGCAAAGACACUAAACGAUAGCCUAGCGAGGGGCGUCCGCAGGCUCUGCACAGUGCUCCCCCCAGUAGCCCUCAUGUACAUGACCAGAAUGAAGCUCUUAAGGGAGGAAAAACCCAGCCGAAUCCCAAGACUGAUGAGCCGAGAGCAAAGGCGCAGGGAGGCGGCAAAGCGCAGGGAGCCACGGGGGCCCCUCAUGGGAAGGGCAGCGGCGAGGGCCAGCCUAGCCAGGCGAUCAAACCCUCUGAUACCAUGGCGUUGAAAGACGAGUGCCGCACCUCACCCCUAGUGUAAGUGCCUUACUGCAUGAACUGAAGAGCCAAGGGUUAUAUGGAGGUGAUGCCUGAAACGCGCACGGCGACGCUCACGGGAAGGGUUUUGCACUAUUUUAUCAGAUUCUCCUUUGCACAUAAUUUCUUGUGGGUGAAGUAAAUGCCCCUGUGCUGCACUCGCUGCCCACUAGGUGGCAGUAUUGAUGCCCCAUUAGCCUGCUGAAUGCGACCUGCACCUUUCACUAAAUACAGUCGCCCUUCCCUGAACUGAAAUAGAAGCGACAGGCGCCAUUUCCAUAUGACAGCCUUUAUUAGGACCGUAUUACGGGAUCAAACCACUAGGGGGCAGCAUGAAGGUUUUUUGUUUUUUUUGCUUUUUCAUUUUUCGAGGGCUCACGCUGGUCUCUGUGGCAGGGAAGAGGUUAACAGUUCCAUAUCCUCCCUGUCCUUCCAUUCCUAUGGUCAGUACUGUAAUAUAUUUCAUGGCUGUAUACACUCAGGGGACCUCGUGUGUCUCAUCACAGGUGUAAACCGUGCAAUGAAAGAGCCUGUGGACAUAAAAAGAUGGACCAGCAUAUGAUACAAGCGGGGCUGAGCUAGGAGUCCCAGUUAUCCGCUGAGGCUUGUAGUCCAGUAGAAGGUGCAGGAGGUUGCAGGGCCAUAGUACUUUGUGCUGCUGGCGGCAUCUUGUGGCAGUUUUGUGUAACGCACCCCUUUGCUUUGUGCAGUUGGGACUUUUGGUGACACCUAGUGGCUCUUGCGUGCAUUACAUCCAGGGUUUUGUCCUUCAGCUGUCAGGGUAUUGGUGGGUUCUUUUCAGCGGGGGAGCAGCUCAUUAGCCUUUUUUGAUGCCUGAGACCAGCCUUCCCCAAACUCAGGAUGAGGAGAGCAAAAACAAAAUGCCCUUUUCGUGCUCGUUCCCCUUUUUAAUUUGACUUCUGCAUCAUUUUUUUAUUUAUUUCCCCCCUCCCCUUGCACAUUGUAAAAAAAAAUCGGACUGCUGACGGUUCUGUGUUUUAUAAGCACAAAAGAAAAAUAUAUAUAUUUAAUGUUUAACCCCUGUGCUGCUGGGAGGAGGAGUCGGGGCAGGCAGCGAGGGGUUAAACCUAUUUAUUAAAUCCUCCAUAUAUAUAUAUUUUCACCCGUACUUUUUGUUCUGAUCCCCUCCAGUGUAAAUUCUCCAUUUCUGUUUCUUUUUGUGUUUUAUUUUUCGUUGUGUUUGUAAUAAACCGGAAGUGAAAAAUCAUCCAGUUUGUGUCAUUUCUUUCAUCAUCGACCAUUUGUCGUCCUGUCCGGGGUGUGGGGCGAUUGCGUCCACCCACGCGGUGCAAGGCUGAGUCUAUAGGCAGGGAAAAGGCUAAUGUGGGGGGCACCCAGUGACCUCUGACCCUAUCCGUAAUGAAGGCUAUACAGUAGGAUCUUUGGCUGCGUGGGGAGGAUUAGUGAUGGCCGCCUCACAGUGCUGUGUACGUGUGGAUAGUUCAGGACUCAUGGGGGGGGGGGGGGCAAGGUUCUAAAAUCUACAAUGACGGUAGAGCAGCAUUCAUAAAUCUUCUACUCCAGUCACCUCCUGAGCUGCAUUCACAAUUUCUAUACUCCAGUCACAUACCGAGCUGCAUUCAUAAUUCUUAUGCUCCAGUCACAUCCUGAGCUGCAUUCACAAUGUCUUUGCUGUAGUCACAUACAGAGCUGCAUCCAUAAUUUUUGUUACUCCAGUUACAUCAUGAGCUGCAUUCACAAUUCUGCCGUCACCUACAAGGAAUAAACCAGCAACAAGCUCGGACAUACUCCACAGCUGCCAUUACAUGGUCCCAGAGUAUGCACUGGCAUGCCUUUAGUGCAGAGAGAUGUCGGCUAACUAGAAGAUAGCAGAAUUGUGACUGCAGCUCUGGAUGUGCUUGGAGCAUAAGCUAGGUUUAGGACAGGCGGUACAAUGGAAGCUUUCCAUGAAAGUAGCGGAGCCGACACUAAAUGUCGGCCGGUUACAGAUGUGUGGGGUUUCGGGCUCCCCGCUGCCUCCUGCUGGUUCGUGGUGUUUAGUGCGUGUUUCCACCUAUAUGGCGGUAGUAAUCCAGGGAUAGGUACCGGUGGGACAUGGGGGGGCACUUAUUUUCUGCACAUUGACCCCCGGUCACUCAGGAAGGAUUGAUCAUGUCUUCUCUCAUCCCCAUUCUUUUUCCUCUCUUCCCAUUAUGCACUGGGUUUUCCCUCUCACCUCUUCCCCUCCCCCCACACAUUUCUCUCUCUAGUCCAAGGAGCUGCAGAUAAAGCGUCAGUUCCAGGACACGUGCAAGAUCCAGACGCGGCAGUACAAGGCGCUGCGCAACCACCUGCUGGAGACCACGCCCAAGAGCGAGCACAAGAGCAUCCUGAAGAGGCUGAAGGACGAGCA